AUGAGGGAAAGGAAGACAGCAGAUCCACCUCAUUCAUCCACAAAUCUGAGUGAAGGAAAGGAGAAGUUAAGACUGAAGCAAGAGGUCGGCCUGAUUAGCGGAGUGUCAUUAAUUGCAGGCACAAUGAUAGGCUCGGGGAUAUUUAUGUCCCCUGAGUGGGUACUACAUCAUAUGGGGAACCCUGCCAGCAGCCUGCUUAUCUGGGCAGCAUGUGGUCUCCUGGCCGUGUUUGGAGCCUUGUCGUAUGCUGAGCUUGGAACCAUAAUUAAAGAGUCUGGAGGAGAAUAUAUUUACAUUUUGAGGAUUUUUGGUUCUUUUCCUGCUUUCCUUUUCGCCUACACUUCUGUCAUCCUGGUGAGACCAGCUGGUUUGGCAGCUGUCUGUCUGAGCUUUGCAGAAUACGCUGUUGCGCCGUUCUACCCAGGAUGUUCCUCUCCACAGGUUGUCAUCAAAUGCACAGCUGCUGCCUGCAUCCUGCUUUUAACUAUCAUCAACUGUCUCAAUGUGAGGCUGGCGACAUCUGUUAUGAACAUUUUUACAGCUGCCAAACUCAUGGCUUUGUUGGUGAUCGUGGUGGGUGGACUGGUGCUCCUUGCCAAGGGACAAACUCAGAGUUUUCAGAAUGGUUUUCAAGGCACGAAUGCGCGUAUUGGGGCAGUUGGAGUGGCAUUUUACCAGGGACUCUGGUCCUAUGAUGGGUGGAACAACCUGAACUAUGUAACUGAAGAACUGAAGAAGCCUGAGGUGACCCUUCCCAGAGCUGUGAUGAUUGCCAUUCCCUUGGUUACGUGCCUGUAUUUGCUGGUGAACGUGAGCUACUUAGCAGCCAUGACUCCCUCUGAACUGCUGUCUUCAGGAGCUGUGGCCGUCACUUGGGGAGACAAAGUCCUGGGCAGCUGGGCAUGGCUCAUGUCCCUGUCGGUGGCACUGUCCACGUUUGGUUCGUCGAACGGCACGUUCUUCAGCGGAGGCCGCGUGUGCUACAUCGCUGCGAGGGAAGGCCACAUGCCAGACAUUCUGUCUAUGGCUCAUGUGCGACGCCUCACACCCUCCCCUGCACUCAUGUUUACAUCUGUGAUGUCUUUAAUAAUGAUAAUAUCAGGAAACUUCACCAGUAUCGUGAACUUUUUCAGUUUUAUAGCAUGGCUUUUCUAUGGCAUGACUAUUUCUGGGCUCCUGUAUUUAAAAAUCAAGAAACCAGAACUGCCAAGAUCUUACAAGGUACCAAUUAUCAUUCCCAUAAUUGUGCUGAUGGCAGCUGUGUACCUGGUGUUAGCUCCCAUCAUUGAUCAACCCCAAAUCGAGAUCCUCUACAUCAUCGCCUUCAUUUUCAGUGGCAUCAUUCUUUAUUUCCCACUGGUUCGCUUCAAGUGCCACCCUCGCUUUUUGCAGACCGUCACCUUACACCUCCAGUUGUUCCUGGAAGUUGCCCCAACCACUAAGGAUACAAACUGAGAUAACAUCCUCCAGUCGCAUGGAGGACGUUGCCUGCACCUCAUGUUUUAUCCUGGCACCUUGGUUUUCAAGACUCAGAAAAUAUUCUUCUGUAAAGACGAAUGAAUAGAAUGAAUGUGACAUUGAAGUGUCCAGGCGAGAUGGACUAGAGCUGACUCCUCAGGUUUCCUCAAAAUUCUGGGGAGGUGUUUUUCUCCUUUUCGUAUAUUUUCCAUCCUAAGAGGGCCUGUUCAUCAAAAUCUCAGAUCUUAUAUUUCAAGCUAAAAGACAACAAAAGGCAGACAAUGAAAUAUUAUUCCUAUAGCAGGCUGGGACCCUAAGCCAUUCCUGGCAAUGCCUUUAAUUAUUUCCAUCUAGUUCUGCCCACUGUGACCACAUAGUUUCUCAAAUCAAUAAUGCAUGGGCUCACCAUGGUCACAACAAAAAAAAAACCCUUUUUCACUCAGGUAUUUGCUCUGGGAAGACCUUGCUUCUUCCAGUCCUAGGUGCACAGUCACAACAGUCCUUUCUCUGUCCCAAAUCAUCCUAUAUCUCCUGUAGAAAAACCUCUAAUGUGACACAAAAAGUACUUUAAAGUUCUGUCAGUUUACUCGGUUGAGAAUGCACUUGUCAUAUGGGAUCCAUCCACUCAUGGUGAGGACACAAGUGACAUCACUCAAGUACCAACAGUCACCCAGUAUUCUUCCUGUAAUUCCCCUGAAGACAAAUAACUUACCUUGUAACAAAGUAAACAACAGACAAACAGAAAACCCCCUAGAGCACAUGUGCCAGCAAGGCACUCUUAUUGGGAAUUAAAGAAACCACAUACAUUAGGAGAAGUGUGGCCAGCAAAUCAAGGAAAUACUCUGUCCCUCUGAAAUCAUGCAUGCAGUGUUGGGCUUUGCUGUUCAGCUGGAGCUGUGAAGGCCCCAGGGUCAGGCUCUUCUUGGUAGUGGCAACUAAGUGCAACAGCCACAAGUUGUGGCUUGAGUUGUUCAGGCCGGACUUAAGGAAAAUUUUGUCACCACGAGGGCAGUGCAACCUUGGAGCAGUGUGCAUAAAGGUGGUGAGAUCUCAGUUCUCUUAUAUUUUCCACCACAGCCACUUCCACAAAACUCUUUGAUUCUAAAGGCACAGCACAAAAGUCAUGGGCUAUGCUCUCUCCCAGACCUGACAAACUGAAGCCUCUGUUGUUUCCCAUUACCUGAGCCUCAACCAUUUUUCUCCUGUUCUAGGGGAGAGAUAUUACAUGCUGUUUUCUUCCAAUUUGUCCAGAUUGUUUCAGGAUAAGAUCUGUCCUGUCAUAGACUAAAACGGUCUAGGAGUUAGUCCCUAAAAUGCCUAGUUAUAUCAUAAAGUACUGAAAGUUAUUGAGGUCAACUUCCUGUCAGCAUUCUUCUACCAAUGUGUACCUAACUGCUGCUGUGAUCUUGGAACAGGGCCACUUGAUCCUUCAGGCCUCUUCCCAGGCCCAUCUCAGAACUGUGUAUCUGAUUACAAUCUCAUUCUGCAAUGCCACCCCUUCUGUUCCUCUGAGUGGUGAUACCAGCAGCUACAGGGAUGCAACAACAGUUGUUUUUCCAGGUGUUAGGUAUGAUAAUGGGAUAGGCCAGUUGCCACUCAUGCAAAUCCUCAGCUUAAACAGUGUUUAGGAGGAUUUCCUUCUGAUUUUUACUGGCAUUGUCAACAAAGGCGAAUGAAGGAACAGUGUUCCCUCCUGAAUCCUAUGACAAUGCAAAAUUCUUGGGAUGCCUCUCUUAAAGGACAGUAUGUACUUAAAAGCACUGAUGAGCUCAGGAGGUCUAGGUUGCCUUUCCACCACUACUCCAGGCUCUUCAUCUGAUGUCAGGCAAGCUUCUUAAUGGAACUGCAUGUCAGCCACUUAUCUAAAAAUUAGAAUAAUAUUAUUUCUCUGAUCAUAAUUUUUUGGAAACCACCUCUGUUUCCUUCACCUGUUUUAUGGAGCACAGGGUUGUGCUCUUCUGAACUGGAGACUAGUAACAAGUGGUCCCUUCCAACCCAAACCAUUCUAUGAUUCCACCUACAGUGCGUAUCUAAAAAGUGAGAUUUUAAAAGCUUAUUCAAGGGUUAGACAUGCACUUAGUUGGGGCUUUAGCCACCUAUCCUUGUGUCCCAAGUACAAUCAGAGUUGGCAUUGCCUGCAUGCAAUUCCUGUGGAACAGGAGUUAUUCUCACUGUUUGAUAUUAUGGGUGUAGUGCACUAUAGAUGAUGGGAAGAUGGAAGGAUUAAGUGGAUUGCUCAGUCAUACAGGAAAUGUGUGGAAAAUAUGACUGUUUCCCCAAGGUCUAGUCAAGCAUGUUACCACUUAGCCCAUCCUUUCUCCCUGUGCACGUGUGACAUAUGAACACUGAUAAAGAACACAAAAAAACUUACCCCUUUAGAUAAAUAGCCUUUAUAUGUUAUUGGUGUAUGGACAUAGGAAGCUGGAAAGCUGCAAGUAUCAUAUAUUGCACCAAUCUCAUUUUCCGUAGAUAUUACUGUAACAAGAUGUUCUUUUUAUUUGUGUUGCCUAGGAUUUGCAAGCACAGGUGUUUAUAAUGCCAAAACAAGAUGCUGAAAGCUCAGAGAAUUGCAAGAUAAUUACAAUAAAAUGGGCAUUACAAUGAAGUGAGUUAAUGUGGCUGUUUCUGUUUUUCAUCCAAGAAAAACAAUUCUGUAGAAAUUUUACUGCAUGAUCAUAAACAAUCAGCAUCAGGCUUAUCUCUCCUUGGUCAGAAGGUUUAACUACGUGCAUGGGCACUUAUAUGUGCGUAGACUCAUUUUUCAAGAUGAUUGCUUAUCUAUUCAACCCCAGCAUAUGCAAAUCAGAGUCUCUUUUUCCUCCAUCAGACACUUACAAUAGAAGUGUCAGGAAGAGGCAGCAUGCCCUUACCAUUCAUUACUGCAACAC